AUGGCUCUGGUUGACUAUUCACCGAACCACCCCACCCCCUCUGCACGACUUGAGAAUGCCUCCAAUGUGGUCCUGAUCGAUAACUACGACUCGUUUACGUGGAAUCUGUACCAGUAUCUUGUCCUAGAGGGUGCCACGGUCAAGGUUAUCAGGAACGAUGCCGCUACACUGGAGGAGUUGAUCGCCGAGAAGCCCACCCAGCUCGUUCUCAGCCCCGGUCCCGGCCACCCCAAGACCGACUCAGGCAUCUGCAACGAGGCCAUCCAGCAUUUUGCGGGCAAGAUACCGGUCUUUGGGGUGUGUAUGGGCCAGCAGUGCAUCAUAUCUUCCUUUGGCGGCGAGGUAGAUGUCACCGGCGAGAUUCUCCACGGCAAGACCUCUCCCCUGAAGCAUGAUUCAAAGGGGGUGUAUGCCUCCCUCCCACCGUCAUUGAACAUAACACGGUACCAUUCCCUGGCUGGAACCCAUACCACGAUCCCGGACUGCCUCGAGGUCUCCUCGACCACCGAUCUUGGAGAUCCUGGCCGGCCGGAUGUCAUCAUGGGUGUCAGACAUAAGAAGUUCACCGUCGAGGGAGUCCAAUUCCAUCCGGAGAGUAUUCUGACCGAACAUGGACGAACUAUGUUCCGAAACUUCCUCCUAACCCGAGGUGGUACUUGGGAAGAGCAUUAUGCCUCUGCUCCUGCUCCUGCUGCCGCUGCUAUGAGCGGUGACAUGAAGAAAGGCUCCAUUCUUGAUAAGAUCUACGCCCACCGUCAAGCUGCUGUCAAAUUACAAAAGGAAAUCCCAUCUCAACGUCCAGAAGACCUCCAAGCUUCCUACGACCUCGGCAUCGCUCCUCCACAGAUCUCUUUCACAGAUCGUCUCGCCAAGUCGCCAUUCCCUCUCUCGUUGAUGGCCGAGAUCAAGAGAGCUUCCCCUUCUAAGGGCAUCAUCGCUUCAUCUAUCUGUGCCCCUGCUCAGGCUAGGAAGUACGCCAUGGCUGGUGCCAGUGUCAUCUCCGUGCUUACGGAACCUGAGUGGUUCAAGGGGAGCCUGGAUGACCUGCGUGCGGUUCGACAGAGCUUGGAGGGAAUCCCAAACCGUCCUGCCAUUUUACGAAAGGAAUUCAUCUUCGACGAAUACCAGAUCCUCGAAGCUCGCCUUGCUGGUGCCGAUACGGUGCUUCUGAUCGUCAAGAUGCUCGCGGAGCCCCUCCUCAAGCGACUUUUCGAGUACUCUCGGAAGCUUGGCAUGGAACCUCUGGUAGAAGUAAACAACCCAGAGGAGAUGGCCAUUGCGGUUAAAUUAGGCUCCCAAGUCAUUGGCGUGAACAACCGCAACCUUCAGAGUUUUGAAGUUGACCUCGAGACUACAAGCCGCUUGAUGGAUCAAGUUCCCGAGUCCACUAUUGUCUGUGCCCUCAGUGGAAUCUCUGGGCCCCAGGAUGUUGCACCGUACCAGAAGAAUGGAGUCAAGGCUGUCCUCGUUGGAGAGGCCCUGAUGCGCGCACAGGAUGUCAAUGUCUUUGUCUCCAACCUCUUUGGAGCCAAGCCCGGACCAUGCGCCCAAACUCAGGUUGCUCCCUUGGUGAAAAUCUGUGGAACAAGAUCUGCCGCUGUUGCCAAGGCAGCUGUCGAAGCCGGUGCUGACCUGAUCGGUAUUAUUUUGGCAGAAGGACGAUCGAGGACCGUGUCUACUGAGACCGCCAUUGAAAUUUCCAAGGCGGUCAAAUCAACCCCACGUCCGUCACCUUUGAGGACACAGCCUCCUGUCAAGGGAGAUGCGCUCCUUGCCUCCAACUAUUUUGACCAUACCACAAGCCUUCUUCGACACCCAGACCGUGCACUCUUGGUCGGAGUCUUUCAAAACCAGCCCCUGUCCUAUAUCGUAUCUCAGCAGCAGAAGUUAGGCCUCGACGUCAUCCAGCUCCACGGAUCCGAACCUCUUGAAUGGCCAUCUCUGCUCCCUGUGCCAGUAAUCAAAAAGUUUUCCCCUCUGGAUUUGGGCAUUUCUAGACGAGGUUACCACAGCCUUCCACUCUUGGACUCUGGAGCUGGUGGUACUGGCCAGCAGCUAGCCCUUGACCAAGUCAAAGCUGUUCUAGAACAAGAUAUUGGACAGCGUGUAAUCCUAGCUGGCGGGCUGGAUGAUAAGAACGUUACCGAUAUGGUUCGAGGCCUUGGCGCAGAAGGGAACAAGAUUGUAGGUGUUGAUGUUAGCAGUGGUGUUGAAACCGAUGGAGCCCAAGAUGUGGAAAAGAUCAAGGCUUUCAUCACUGCUGCAAAAAACAUUAGAAACACUUCGUUGUGA